AUGCUCAAGGUCAAGGCCAGCAGCAGCAUCAAACACCUACAACACCAAGACCAUAUCCAGUACAUUCACAAAGUUUCAAACAGGAAAGUUCCAUUGAAUCCAACGUCCACUGCCAUUCCUGACUCUUCUGUAUCCUCCUCCAUUGUCUCAUACGCCCAAAGUGGAGUUGAGUACUUGACCCCAAACCAGAUGCACAUGCAGAGUUCAAAAGGCAAAGACAGCGGGUGGGCCAAUGUCUUCUUCUUUGGCUUGGGCUCAUCUGGUACUGUGCGACGGCCCUGUUCGUCUUUUUCCUCAGCACCGCGAGCUCUCCCAACACUUGCUCCUGUUCGAUGGACACAGAAGGUGGCUAAAGGUGAAGGAUUUCAUUGGAUGUAG